UCUAAGAGUAGAUUUUACCAAAGAUUUUCUUCUUCUCCCCUACAAACGUAUUUUUUUACAGAUGCCUCAUUCUGAAAACCAAAGAGAUUUAAUUUUGAAAUUCAACACCUUCAAGUCUUAUCAACAUCGUAUCAAGACCAAGAAGACCGGAAACAAGGCAAAAGAGAAUGGUGAAUUUGUUCAACUUCCUUGGGAUAUGCUUGAUAUCAUUUGCAAAGCACUAGAUUUUGAAGAUCUCUUAUCGUUUUCUGGUGUUUGCAAGAGUUGGAGGACAUUUCAUAAAACAAAUUUCUUGUCAUCCCAAGAACCGUUGCUUGUUCGUUUCAUGAUUCGUAAUGGUAGUGAAUCAUAUUCCUUUAUUAGCAUACCCAAUGAAAAAGUUUAUGAUUUGAAGAUGAUGACUUCCUUCCCGCGCCCUAAGUUUACUUAUGUUAGGGUUUCCAGCGGAUAUUUCAUCAUGGCCUGUGAAAAUAAUUCAUUUAUGUUAUUCAAUUCGUUUACAAGAAUAAAAAAGGUAAUCCAAACCCCUUUUCCGGUUGAUUCUCACUUAUUUGCUCAGUACGAAGCCUUGCUUGCUUUCGAGAAAUGCUCUCAGGAAUAUGUCUUAGUGGUUUUAAGCUACCGUUUUAGCUGUUUGUAUGUCUAUCAAACUCGACACAAUGGUUGGGUUAUUUAUCCAACAUUUAAAUCAGAAGAGGUGGUAGUCGACUUUGUAGUUUUGAAUAAUAUAAUAUAUGUUGUCACUAACAAUGCAAACAUAGGGAUACUAAACUUGAAUUCUGGAAAUAUUCAAUUUCUAAACCUCAAGAAUACUCCUCCCCCUAAAGUUCCCUCAAGAGUUCCCUCAAAUUCCUUUAAGUUGGUUAAUUGUGAUGACCAACUUUUACUGUUUCAUUCCAUAUCCAGCUUUCAAAGGGAAGUUUACAAGAUAGACUUCUCAACCAUGAAUUAUGUUGAGAUGGACAGUUUGGGUGACAUUGCAUUAUUUUAUGUUUCUUGGAGAAAUUGUCGGGCAUUGAGCAACCCGGAGAGAUUUGGGUAUCAGAGCAACCAUGUCUAUGAAGUUAAUAAUCUAUCACAGUGUACUAAGUUUGAUUGGAAUGAUGGUUUUUGUCCAUCAAAAAUAUAUCCAUAUCUAGGUUCUCGGAGAGACUUCAAUUUCUUCGAUUGGUGUUUUAGACAUGUAAAAUACCAAGUAGAUUAUUCUUUGGUUGAAUAAUUGUGUUACAUGGUGUUAGGAGUAUUUAUAUUUAUGUUUUUCUUCUCUUCUUUUCCAAAAACUUGUAAUUUCUUAAUGAUAAGCCAUCUAUUUGUAUAA